AUGCUAAACACUCAUAACCCCAACAGUAGCAGGCUGGGUCGGCUAGCCCCACACGAUGGUCAGACCGAGCUUAGCGGAAGUGGGGUGUUGUUGAAAGAGGAAGCUGAGGCAUCAUCUGAAGAGCAGCUGCAGUCUCAACGCGUGAAGAAUGGCUGCUGGACCUCUGAAGAGAUGACAGGAGACUCCAGUUUGCUGGCUGCAGUCCUGACUGUGGUGUCGGUCAUAUCGCUGAGUCUGCUUUCCCUUCUGUGUUUGCGAUGCAAAAAGAAAUCCAAAAUCAUGCUGGAGUCUCAAAUAUAUGACCCACAAAUUUUCCAACGAGGCGGGAGUAAAUUUGCAGUUAUCCGUUCAAAAACAGUCACCAGAGGAAAUCUGAUCUCCUCAGACACAGAUGAGACUCUGGAGCAGUCUGCCUUCCAAGACGGUGAAACGGAGGAACAGGGCGACUAUCUGAACAUUACAGUACCAACAGUCAGCUCCAACCUGGAACAUGAUUAUGUAGCUCCAAUCGCUGUGGCUUUGUAUGAAAAUCAGAAGAACAGAACACUUGAUGAUGAACAAACUCCCGGCAUUUAUGGAAAUGUUUUCCUGUCGCUGUCAAUAGAAGAAGACGAUGAUUAUGAAAACGCUGCAUUCCUGCAACAGAUAGAUGAUGAACCAGAUUAUGUGAAUGAAAAUGGGAAAAGCACCUGAACACACCACCACUCUGAUCCACAAGUUUGUGUAAAUAUUCAAAUGUUUAUCAGACCUGCUUUGAAAAUCUGAAGUUCCCAUCUACUGGAAAAUUAAAUCCACUUUUAUUACCCUUGCA